AAGAAUUAAGUAAAUAGAAACUAUGGGUGAAUACACGAAGGAAGACGAUACUGGUUAAGUCAAAACCAAAAAGAGCGGCCAUCAGUAAAGACGCGCCGCCGCCAUUGAUUUUCAUUCAGGCAGGCGGAAACCACGGUGCUCUACUUCAGUCGCAAAAUGUCCGACCUAUUAACUCUAUAUAUUAAUCACCAUCAUCAUUUUAUGGACUAAACACUGAAAUAAUUCAAUUAUAUCAUUUUAAUCAACUGAAUAAAAGCGUAAUCUUACAUCUUUGUUUACAGGUGGUAUAGAACCAGGCAGCGACGACGGUGGCUUCGAGAAGUGUCGCUCGCUGAUGACGUAGCACCGACAGGAUGUAACGCAACUACCGGCGCGCCACUUACAACUCAUUUGUUUAUUUAUGUGCUCCAGAAAGUGAAACGGCAGCCUUUCUUCUUGUGGGACGCCAAAUGAGUUAAAGGAAGACUCUUUCGAAGCCUCAAUCGUCUUUCUUGGUUCCACUAGUUGCCUUGGACUGAAACACCAUGGGUCGGCUGGAUGAUGCUGCCAAACGCAAAGUGGUGGAGCUGAGAAAGGCUGGGCUGAGUUUCCGCAAGAUCAAGGCUGUGCUGGAGCUGGAGAACAUUAAAGUGUCUGCACAGGCCAUCUACCUCUUUCUAAGAGAAUUCCAAGGGAGGCGACCUGGAAGGGUCAGACCCCUGGAGAUUGGAAGCAACGCAUCAGCGGCACAUGUACAGAGUCUCCCUGGAGGUCUGCAAGAAAGCUGGACCAACAUACGGCUCCAAAACCUACUACGGGAUGUAUCACACCACGCCGGCUUCUCCGCUGCUAACAAGUUUGCUAAACAGGCAUCCGCAGAACCGGAGAAUCCACAGAAUGCAAAGGCAUCCGGGUCUGGGGAGAGCAGCGCAGAGUGCAGACCGGAGCAGCAACGUGUGGAAGAUGGGGAAGAGAACGACAUCCAAAUUGUGAGCGUCACUUCUCUUUCUCAGAGCGUCCAACAAAGAGCAGACACAAUCGAAACCACGUCUUCAUCCGGAACAUCAUCAUUGACGAGGAGGCGAGUCACUCCUUCUCCAGCGACGAGCUCCAUGUUGGCAGCUCGUAAGCGGCUUUUGGAUAAAGCGUUGACUCACAGGAUGAAGGUUUCGUCAUUGUUAAGGAGAGAUCAUGCAAAUGUUCCAAGAUCGGAUUUAACUGCAAUGUCCCAACAGGCAUCGGCAUCGUCACAUUAUGAUCUGACUACAGAAAAGGCUGGAGCGGACGAUGGCGGAGCAAACACAAGUAGGCGCUUUGUCGUGCAAAAACCAGGUCUAUCCCUCCGUUCCCUUCAUACUCUGCCUCGAGUUGGAGUCCGUCUUCCGAACCGCCCGCCAGCUCCUUUAACAUCGUCAGCGCCAGGUGGCGCUGCCAUUCGCUUGCAGACUUCCGUAGGCCAAGGGCCGUCUUGUAGCGAGGGAAGUCAGCAGCAGAUCAUCCAAGACUCCGCGGCGAGAUGUGGUCUUCAGGAUCAGAUCCAGACUCUGGGCUGCGAAGUGCGCAGCCUGAACCUAGCGGUGAAGAUGCUAGUGGAGCAGCAGAGCCGCCUGGAGAGGGAGCAGGCUCAGCAGACUCAAAUCCAGAAGCAGAUCCUCAGCACCUUGCAGACCAUCGCUUCCAAAGCGGGACCUUGCGGCAACGUUCAGCCACCGCAAAAUAAAACACCUUCUCCUUCUUCUCUACCCGCCGCUUCCUCCUCAGCGUCCUUCAACCAAGAUACCUUCAACUUCAACCAGGUCACAUUCAACCAGUGCAGCCAAACCCAGCCAGGCUACGACUCUUUAGAGAGCUUAGAACCCGUCGAGGCCUUCAAACUUCCGGUUCUGAGCCCCACUGGUAUGAACGGGUUCCCUCCGUGUAGCAGCAGUGAGAGCCUCCCGCUCAGUCACACGCCACCUCAAACUCAAGCGUACGUGGGCGCGUACCCUCAGCAAAACUGUCUCAUGCCCGGCUACGCUCAGUCGUACAUUCCCACGUACGACAGGGCCCAGACGUACAGGGAGGCGGGAAGUAGCAGCUGCUCCAGGAGGACUCUUCAGGACUGCAGCGUAUCCACACAGGAUGAACAUGUCAAUAUCAUUAAAGUGGAGGGACCUUAAACGCAUCGUAGCUGUUUUUUUUUUUUUUUUUUUUUUUUAAGGAUAUUUAUUUUCCAAGUAUAUGGAACAUUUUAAGUUGAACACAUUACUGUAUUGAUCCAAAUAUAUAACCACGCUGCUUUUUCUAGACCCGUAGUUUUCAGGAAAGACUAAAUGAAUCAUGUUUUGUGUGUGUGAGUGACGGGAAGAACAGCUCUGAUUUAAUGUGGAAAAGUUUUUGGAUCAUUCCGGUACAUUCCGGAACCUUGGUUGACAUUACCUCAUCAUAAAACCUUUAUUUACACUGUUGGGAAUAAUGAAGUCUUAUUUAAAUUUGUAGUUAUCGAUUGGAGGUGGCACGGCGGUCGGGUGGUUAGCACGCAGACCUCACAGCUAGGAGACCAGGGUUCAAUUCCACCCUCGGCCAUCUCUGUGUGGAGUUUGCAUGUUCUCCCCGUGCAUGCGUGGUUUUUCUCCGGGUACUCCGGUUUCCUCCCACAUUCCAAAAACAUGCAAGUUUGUAGAGCAAAACAAGUUAAUUGGCGACUCCAAAUUGUCCAUAGGUAUGAAUGUGAGUGUGAAUGGUUGUUUAUAAUAUGUGCCCUGUGAUUGGCUGGCGACCAGUCCCGGGUGUAUAGACAGCUGGGAUAGGCUCCAGCACCCCCCGCGACCCUCGUGAGGAAAAAGCGUUAGAAAAUGAAUGAAUGAAUGAGUUGUCGAUUGGGAUAACCUGAAAACAGUACGGUAAAUCCCUCGCCACUUCCGCUAUGCAUUAUGUGAUUUCACUCUGAUCAUGGUUUAUCAAAAAAUAUUCAUUAAUAAAUUGUGCUUUUUCAUGAAUAUUUUUUCCUCGAAUUAAGCAUUUUCAAGCGUAAAAAUGACUUAAUGAAGUAAAAUACAAAUAAGAAGUAGUAUUAUGUAGUAUUCUACAGUAAUGUUACAUUAACAAGACAAUAGCCAAUGCUGUACAGAAAAGGAAGUAAAACAGGAGUGUAAAGGUGACUUUAGGGGUGUUAUUUCAUGUCUAGAGUUUUUUUCUCUUUCUUGUGGUGCUCUUUUAAAAUUUUUAUAAUUUUUUUUAGAUGUUUUUCCUCCUAAUUGACGACUAACUGGGGAUUGGACUUUAAUUUGCACCGUACUGGAGAAGAAUGGCAAGAUUGGUGGAAAUGUAUUUAAGCAAAUUGGGAAAGUAUGUGCAUAUUGUAGCCACUUGAAGUUGUUUUUAUAGACAUAUAUACACACGAUAGAAACACAAAUAAACAGUUUGGAUUAU